GAGAAAUUGGACAUAUGGUCACUCUUCCCUGAGGAUCUCGCUAAAUAGCCAAGGCUGACCUAGGACUUGAGAUACUCCUGCCUCAGCCUCCCAAGUUGCUGAGAUUAUAGGAGCUGAGGGAUCCUGGCUCUAGGUCAAGCUGGUGGCAUGCAGCCCUGGGCGCUCCAAGUACUAAUAAAGAGUCGCAGGCUCUGGAGGCUGGCACUGGAGCCUUGGAUAGCAAAGUGAAAGGAGCGCCUGAAAAGAGCGCCAAGCACUUCUGUUCUCAUCCCUCCCCUGGUCCUGGCUGGCGCCUGGGCUGCCCCGUGCACCUGCGCAUCUCGGAGGGGGCGCUGCCUCAGCAACCGCAGCCAGAUGGAGCCAGCAGCGGGGAGUGCCGGAGCCGCGAUGAGCUGCGACUGCGACCGCCAGGGCCGGGUGGACGGCGAUAUUGAUCAACAAGACAUGGUUCCAAAUAAGAAGAGCAUUGUUCUUGUGGAUGGGGUUGUACUGAAUGGCCCUACAACAGAUGCAAAAGCUGGAGAAAAGUUUGUUGAAGAGGCCUGUAAGCUAAUAAUGGAAGAGGUGGUUUUGAAAGCUACAGAUGUCAAUGAAAAGGUGUGUGAGUGGCAGCCUCCUGAACAACUGAAACAACUUCUUGACUUGGAGAUGAGAGACACAGGUGAGCCACGUGACCGGCUGUUGAAACUCUGCCAGGAUGUCAUACGCUUCAGUGUCAAAACAAACCACCCAAGAUUUUUCAACCAGUUGUAUGCUGGACUUGACUAUUACUCCUUGGCGGCCCGAUUUAUGACAGAAGCAUUAAACCCUAGCGUUUAUACGUAUGAGGUGUCCCCAGUGUUUCUGUUAGUGGAAGAAGCGGUUCUGAAGAAAAUGAUUGAAUUUAUUGGCUGGAAAGAAGGGGAUGGAAUAUUUAACCCAGGUGGUUCAGUGUCCAAUAUGUAUGCAAUGAAUUUAGCUAGAUACAAAUAUUGUCCUGAUAUUAAAGAAAAGGGACUUUUCGGGUUGCCAAGAUUAAUCCUUUUCACAUCUGCAGAGUGUCAUUACUCCAUGAAGAAAGCAGCGUCUUUUCUUGGGAUUGGUACCCAGAAUGUGUGCUUUGUGGAAACAGAUGGAAGAGGUAAAAUGAUACCUGAAGAACUGGAGAAGCAAAUCUGGCAAGCCAGAAAAGAGGGGACAACACCAUUUCUUGUCUGUGCCACCUCUGGCACCACUGUGUUGGGCGCCUUCGACCCUCUGGAUGAAAUAGCUGACAUCUGUGAGAGGCAUGGUCUCUGGCUUCACGUGGAUGCUUCUUGGGGUGGCUCAGCUUUGAUGUCAAGGAAGCACCGCAGGCUUCUACAUGGUAUCCACAGGGCUGACUCGGUGGCCUGGAACCCGCACAAGAUGCUGAUGGCUGGAAUCCAGUGUUGUGCUCUACUUGUGAAAGACAAGUCUGACCUUCUUAAGAAAUGCUACUCUGCCAAGGCAUCCUAUCUCUUCCAGCAGGAUAAAUUCUAUGAUGUCAGUUAUGACACAGGAGACAAGUCCAUCCAAUGUAGCAGGAGACCAGAUGCAUUCAAGUUCUGGAUGACCUGGAAGGCCCUGGGCACUUUAGGCCUUGAAGAAAGGGUUAAUCGUGCUCUUGCUUUAUCUAGGUACCUAGUGGAAGAAAUCAAGAAAAGAGAAGGAUUCAAGUUACUGAUGGAACCUGAAUAUGCCAAUAUUUGCUUUUGGUACAUUCCACCAAGCCUCAGAAAGAUGGAGGAAGGACCAGAAUUCUGGGAAAAACUCAAUUUGGUGGCCCCAGCCAUAAAAGAGAGGAUGAUGAAGAAGGGAAGCCUCAUGCUGGGCUACCAAACCCACCGGGGGAAGGUCAACUUCUUCCGCCAGGUGGUGAUCAGCCCUCAAGUGAGCCGGGAGGACAUGGACUUCCUCCUGGAUGAGAUAGACCUCCUGGGUAGAGACAUGUAGCUGUGGCUUCUGGUCCCCCAGAGGCAUGGAUCCUGUCCUGGGGAGGGCAUCUGGAGACAUUUAGUAAAUUAUAACACUUCUGAUGGGAGUUGGGAAAAUCCAGGUCCAGCAAAACCAAAAUGCUAACCAAAUGGUAUUAAGGAUUCUUGCUGCCUGGGCACUACUGUUGCUAUAAAGGAGGGAAUUAUUAUUAUUUUUUUUUAUGCAAAGAUUGUCUCUGGACACAGCCUUGAAAAGAAUUCAGUAAAUACCAUGUGGAUCCUGUGUUCUAAACUUACACUGCUGUUUAAAGAACAUAUAAAUUAAUAGUUUAAGGUAGGGUUCUCAGAGUGUGGUCCCUGUACUAGCCACAUCAGCAUCACUGGGGAACUUAUUAAUAAUGUAGAUUCUCAAGUCUUACCCCAGAUCAAUCGAAAUUCUGGGGGAUGCAGCACCUAGUAUUUUGUGUUUUAACAAGCGUUGUAGGUGAUUCUGAUGCAUAGUAAAAAUCUGAACACACUGGUUUAGAAAACACCUUCUAUUGCUUGAAUAACUGGUCUAAUAUUUUGCCAGUAAGAGGAUUGCUAAUAUUUCAGAAACCCCUGAGACACUUUUUGAAAAUACAACUGUGGCAUUUUAGUAUGAUUUUUAAAGGGCAUCAGAAGUACAUCAAAGCUAUUUUUUAAAGACUAUACAAAAUGUUUACUUUAUAAAAAUGUAUGUUUUAUGGAGGCUAAAUGUUUAUUUUUCAAAAGCUAAAACUAACCAUUAUCUAUUCUAAUUUAUCUACAUUAGAGAUUAAGAUGAAAAAUAAACACUUUGCAGUGUGAUCUUUCAAUCAAGGAAUAAUGGUUCUAAUUCACUUCCUAAAAUCAGUCACAUCAUGGUCUGGGGAUAAACAUGUCAUACAUGUUUGUGUGGGUCUCUUCUAUCUUUAGGGGCCCAUUCCUUGUCUUGUUCUCUGCCUUGUAAGAUUAACCAGAAUGAAAUCUGGGGUUGUAUGACAUUCCCUUUCCCAAGCUUUGAAAUGUCAGUGUAGACUACUAAGUGACUUAUUUUGGGCUGAGAAUCUGGGAAUCAGAGUUCUUUCAGUGGAAACACCUCUUCUGUUUUUCCUGGAAGUGGAUGGUGGUCCUGGUCCUAGAUUCCUAGCAGACUUUCAUAUGACUAAGAAGUGGACAAAAUUAAAAAAUGUGGGUGCAGAAUUAAAGUCCUGCAUUAAAAAGUGAAUGAAGAGUGUUCAAGGAUUAGACUUAGCAUAUACAUUGACCUUCCCAUACUUUAUCAUGAGCUCAUGCCAUUUAAAUUUGGAGCAGUAGAUGUUUAUUGUUUUGCUUUUAUUGCACAUUAUUUUAGUGUGCAUGUUUUCUCAAUAUCUCCUUUAGUGGAUGAUUUUUUUUUCUUUUUCACAGUGCUGGGGAUUGAACCCAGGGCCUCCUGCGUGCUAGGCAUCCUUUAGUCAAAGAAUAUUUUAAUCUUUUUUUCUGAAUUACUUCACAUUCUAUAAUGAUAGCUGAGUGUGUGUGUGUGUGUGUGUGUGUGUGUGUGUGUUGCAUUUCUUCUUGCCUUUUUUGUUAAUAUCUAUACAAAAUGGUCCUAAAAGAGAUGUUUGUAAUAAUUUGGAUUUCAUGAAAUAAAAAGCAA